AUGCAGAAGGCGCAAAAUCCGACGGCGAACUCCCUUGCCGAAACUGCUCAUCGAGCAGAGGUCGCGUAUGCGGAUUCGCAACAUCUCAACGACGCAGACGGCAGACGACGCAGAGUCAAACAGGUGACUCUGCAAAGUCAAAGCUGGAAGCCCUUACACGUGCAGGCAUUGAGAACCAACACACCGACAUCGGCUCAUCCACCUGGGCCAACAACCAACCUCUCAGAGGCAAACGAGCCCUCGCCAUUCCCAAGUGCAGCCACGGGCACGCGUUCCUCGACGGGCAGCAAUGCCACCUGCGACUUCGUUCCUUCCAGACUACAGCCAAACCAGAGCCUCGGCUUCCUGUUGAAAUACUGUUUCGACGAACUAGAGAUCUAUUAUCCCUGCAUUGACCGUGCGGACUUUUACCAGCGCUUGUCCCUGUUCUUCAGCCGGUACUGCGCCUAUCACGGCCGAACGACCUGGAUUCGCAAGAGACCAGAGUAUCUGUCCCUCGCGGCUCUUACUUGCACCAUCCUGGCACUCGCCACAUACCUAGGCGGUCGGUCAGCAUCGGGUGAAUUGCAUGAUGAGGAAGACUGCGCUAUCACUGCCGCGGAAUGGCAUCUGGAGAGUCGCAAGCUCCUGGCAGAAUAUGCAUGGAGUGACGAACCCUGCCUCGACGUGCUGCGGGUCCACAUUCUCGAGGUCCUCUACUAUACUAUGCUGGAAAAGAGCCAAGCGAUGUCGAUGGCGAAGGCUGUUGCUGUGGAGCUGGCAUUCGCAUUGGAUUUGAACAAUGAGGGGUCAUGGGGCCAGCUGACAUACCGCCAGAGAGAAUACCGCCGUAUGCUCUGGUGGAUGGUUUAUAUCAUUGACCGACGAGUAUCGAUUAGGACUGGUCGACCGUACCUCAUAAACGACACUGACUUCGUUGUGGAAGACUUCAGCUCAGAAUCCCUGAGGUGCUACCUUUCACACCCUGUGUUCAAUCUCGGAUACAUCGAACUAGACGCUGCUCUCGGUGUGUAUCAGUGGCCGCGUCCGUCUGAGCCCACCGAGGACUGGUUCGCAUACUUGCAAUUCAACACUCGGUGGAGCAGGAUAGCAACACGGGUCUGGGACAAUUGCUGCAGCCUCGGGACCGCACGUGCUGUCGAUGUGGAGGAGAUCGGUGCACUCGACGCACUGCUGGUGAGCCUUGAGAGUUCAUUAGCACCAACUCUCUUGUGGAAGCAUAUGUCUCUUCUGGACCUAACUCGAGCCGGCAAGACGGACCGCUAUAUUCGCCUAAGGCUGAUUAUUUUCGAGGUAUACUUUCGUGACGACUCCACCCUACCAGCUCAAAAGUACUGA